ACCUCAACCACGACCCACCUUCUUUCUCUCCCUUUCCACAUUGUCUUCAUCACUUGAUGUUGCUGCGGGUCUUCCCUUCAAUGUCUUGUUCUCCGUCUCUCAUCAUGUUUUGUCCCAUCUCCUUGUGGCUCUUCGUGUUGUCUUUCAGUUUACAGUCGUUCUUGCUUGCUACUGUCUUUUGGUCUUGUUGUCAUUCCGUUUGUGGUAGACUUCAUGUUACCUUGUAUAAUUUGAUGGCUCUACAUGCAAUAUAUGAUCUUGUUCGUUCCUGCUGUGUGGCCUACAAGCAUCUUUGUAUUUUCGAAGCUUCCAUGCACCCUAACCCUAUUCAACUUAACUUAGGGUUAGCUAGUUUUGGUGCGUUUCACUGCAGUUGUUGACUUGGCUCGAGUCGUUCAGCGCGCUUGUUCAUUGCAUGAGGGUGUGCGAGGCGAUCGCAAAUAUUAUUCAUCCCCACCUUUCAGCGCUCACUCGUCUUCCACGUGCAUGAUCUGCAGGCCGGACGUAUGAUCUGAGCAAGCCUGAGCCUAUCAAGCGAGCCGCAGCUGCAGGACGUUGAUAGCUGUGAUUAUUGUCAUCAAGUUACGUACGAAAACGGCUUAAACGUUGUGGACCUGGUAAAGCCCGUUGAAGUUGGACGAGCUU